AUGUGGCUUCCAGUGGGCAUCUUCGGAGCCUGUUUUCUGUGGAUCACUGUUCAAGGUACAAGUCGAUAUUGUUCAGUAAAUAAUUAAAAUUAAUAGUGUGACAUUGCGGUUCGAUUUACGCACUCUAACUUAGAACGUAGCCGCAAUCGUUUUGUUGUUGCAUCCUCUCAGAAAUGACUCUUUGAUAGUUUCCGUAACAUGGCGUGUUGAACUGAUAAACCUUUGAUAACUGCUUCCCUUCCUUGGUUGCUUAUACGCGAGUGUUUUACGUUCCAGGCGAAGAUGUGAUUCUAGCUAACGGGCUGCCUGUCGAAUGCGGAAAACGCCCAGCUCCCCUGAGGGCACCUGGUGAUUAUAAUGGAAAAAAAAUUGAAGCCAUACCAAACAGCUGGCCGUGGCACGUAAGUCAAUGAAACUGGCAGGGGACAAAUUUACGUUUCCUUAAAUUUCACUCCUUGUUGCUAUUUUAAAGUCAGUGAACGCAAAUACACCAUGUGUGGUAAUGAGAAGUUAAACGCCUUCAAAAGCUAAACGGGAUCCACUUGUACAUGUCAAAUAUUUAAAAAGCUAGAGAAGUACGGCUCUCGCUAAUUUUCACACCCAUUGUGACAAGUUUAUUUGAUAAAAUUAUAUUUAGCUUACAACGCGUAAACUGUAAUACAUUUUACGCAGCUUGUUUGGCUUUUAACUUGUCGUUCACAUCAUUAAAUCGCCCACGAUCGUUAGAAUACUAUGGCAAAACGCCUAAAUUCAGCCAGCGACCAAUCUCCUAGAAUGUUAACCGACAUUCCGAAAUGCGUUUUCAAUUAAGAAGGAUUGCUUAAGUGGGCUUGUAAUACUCAUUAUCAUGCAACGUAAAUCCGAACUACGUCAUACAUAUCAGGAGGUUGACUUUGAAAUGCCCGUUCUUUCGGUCACCAGCAAACGUUUUUCAGCAAAAGUGGCUACUAAAGUAGAAGGACUUUUUUGUAUUGAUUUUCUAUGCCCUUAUAAAUUUAAAUGCGUUUUAUAAGGUAAUAACAUGCACAAAAACACUCUCUUCUUAUACUUGUUUGACAGAAAAGCACUUAUUUUUAAGGACAGUGCACAAAGGAAGGGUAUUUUGGGUUUCCAAAGUGUUUUCCAUUCCCAAGUGGUUGUGAACCAUAUCUGCCAUUGCAUGUAUGUUGACGAUUUUCAUUCCAGAAGCGGAUGCACCCCUGUAUGCCAUUAUGAAUGCGACCUGGGUGUUUCGUAAAAAUAUACAGUGGACGCGCACUGUGUUGCAUACUGUAUGAGGAAUAAUGGUAGGCGUAUAGAUACGAGGAUACUGAAAUGGGCAUUGCAUUUUUAGAAAACCUUGCCCUUAGAAAAUUAUUAAGACCUAAGACAGCAUUAGUUCGGGUAUAAAAUUUAAAGGUGUGAUUUCCUACCAGAUAUGUGCAAGAAAAAAUAUUUCCGCACAUAUCUCCCAUGUGACUGACCUUUCCUAAUCGAAACCAUACUCUUGAAUCUCCACCAACAUUUUAUAAGAUCAGUCAGUGAUUGUAAACACAAACUGUUUAUUAGGAACUAACCAUUGGAAUUCUCUUUUGUGUUUUCAUUAAACCGAACUCUACAGUUUAUCACAUGGUUCGGUUGCUUGCUGUAGAGUUAUUUCCAGCUCAACUACGUGGGUUUCGACGCCUGUUCGUCAUUUCGUUCGACCGAUCAAUGCAAGUUUGCUCCAAUUGACAACCUUUUCUCCUGUCAGCAGCUGGCUGGCAAAAGUCGAUCUUACGUUUGCAGGCCAACAUUAUACACGGCUCGGACUCCAGCAAACAUGUAUCCACGGAAACAUGUGCUUUACGGCAGUAAAUUACAUUAUUAUUCCCCUGAAAUACCCCAUGGUCAGAGUACUUUGGGGCGUUGAUUUCGCGCGAUCUGUACGUUGUGCAUCUUUGAGAUACGUUUUUGCUAUUUAGACGUCGGAAAUAGCAAACUAAAAUAAAUCUUCUGCGAAAACAACGCACCUACAUAUGAACAUUUACGAACUCUCGCGAUACCCCAUGGACUUCAACCGAACAUGUACCGCAUUCACAAAGUAUCUCCUAACUUUCAAAUACCAUGCGCUCUGCGUCAAAGUCUGGGUAUUAUGUAGUUUAGAACGCUAUUCCUCUAAUUGAAUUUACGCAGUUUGCUUGACCUUGUAAACGACAUUUCACUUUACGAAAUUGGUCGACCUUGCCCGGAUUAUGUAAUGCAAUAUUUUACCAACUGCAGUCAACAGACAGAGCGGAAAAUCUGUACGGCAGCUUUGUUUGAUAUUUCACUAGGUUGGACUUUCCAGCUCGGCGUAUGGUCCACACCCAUUCUGUGGAGGAACUCUUAUUUCACCUACGUGGGUUUUGACAGCCGCUCACUGUGCUGAUCUGGCCUAUCCGUGCGUCAAUAUCCCCCGCGGCCAGCCCUUCCACCACGGCGAUGUCAACGGUACUAAACUGGCUGUCCGCAUAGGCGACCAUGAUCACACACGGGGCGGACCUCCGACAUUCAACGUUCGAGUAAAACACAUUGUCGUUCAUCCAGAUUACCCACGAGAUGCACGAGGCAAUGGCUGUGAUCUUGCACUUCUGAAACUGAAUCGAACUGUGAAACGCUGUACGCUUACUCAUUACUUAUGAAUUUCGCUACGUUAGUGUAACUUACUCCACUUUUGCUCUUACUUCACAGUAGGCGCGUUCACGAUCAAGCACAUGCACAUUUGAGACUUGUUUCCCAAACAAAACCGGAACUGAAACAAUAGGAAGCAAGCGCAAAUUUACCUGCAAGACUAAUUACUCCACUAGAAUUCAACACAAAUUUCUUUGAGGAAGCAUCAUGCUAACCAACUAUAGCACUUACAAAGUCUUAGACCGUAGGAAAAGUAGUUCGGCAAUGCAGCCAUGACUAUAUGAUCAUCGGAAAAGGCAGAAUGUGGUUCUUAACCCCCACCGCUAGAUGUAAACUAUAAGAUAAUUACUUAAUUUCCAGAGCUACAGUUUGACUGACAGAUUUCGAUCUCGAUAACCUAGGUAAAUGUUCGCGGCAUGAGUACAGAUAAAUUAUAACCACUUUGAUUUACGUCCCUGGCGUUUAACAUGCACCGUAAUUUCGCAUGAAAAAUUGAAAGCGCCUUUGCUGUGAGAGAUUAGACUGUUCAAUAAAUCCAUCAGAGUCUAGUAAAGAUGACGCAACGUAAAUGUAUUAUGUCAUUAAGGGCAUCAAGUAUUUCGCAACAAAAUUUUCAAUCUGCGUGGCGAUUUUCAUUCUUUCCUUUACGAAGCAAAAUAUGCGGAAUUCGCAUGCCUCCCUAAGGAAGGAAUGCAAUUUGAUGCCGGAACCUUCUGCAAUCUUGCUGGCUGGGGACUGAUUCCACCACUUCAACCUAACUGGAAGCAACCGAAUGUGUUAAUGGAAAUACAAACGCCAAUUGUGAAACUAUCGGACUGCAAGAAAAGGCAUUCCUUAGUUAAAGAAAUGCUCCACGUUUGCACCGACACUGCGUAUGGGGUAAGAAUCACACUACCAUUAUGUACAGAAUAAAUAUGCACAGUUUAAUAAUUCCCUUUUUUGACAAAUUCAGCCCACAUGUCUGGGCGACAGCGGAGGAGGACUGCACUGUUUUAUGAAGAGCAAAUGGACUUUCUACGCCGUAGAUUCCUUCGGUGCCCCUAACUGUACAGGCAAGUACACGGUUCAUGCCCUGACCGGAUCUGCACUCGACUGGAUCAAAACAACUAUCCUAACCCGUAACUAA